CGCCCCCCAUGACCGGCGGUGCGUUCACGGACUUUUUCGGGAGAGUUUGAAAGUUGUCAUUACAAAAGCCGGAGAAGGAGAAUAAAGAGGAGCGGUGAACGGAGCAGGAGCCUCUUCAUACAGACAGAAGGAGGCGGUGGAGGAGGAUGGGCUGCACCCACAGCAAAGUAAAGAAGAAAAGCAAAGGCAAGAAAGGAGAGAAGAGCCAAAACAACAGCCGUAAAGAUGACGGAGGUGAGGCGGAGCAGGACAUCUGCCUGGAGAAGCAGUUGGAACACUUUGAAUGGCAGCUGAGAACUUUAAAGCAAGUGCUGUCAGCCAAUGGGAACUCAGAGAGGGCGGAGCUUCUCAAAGAACAUGCCGAUGAAGACGUUUGCACCCUUGUUCUGAGCCUCCUCGACAAGGUGAAAACCGAGACAACGGCUGAUUUAAACAUCCAGCAUGAAGAGAAAUGUGAAGCUGCUACUAAGGAACAUGAAAAAGUCAUAGAAGAGCUGAAGAAUAAUCACCAGCAAGAGAAAAGUCAAAUGACAGAAAACUUUCUGGCAGUUGAAAAUAUCCUCAAGGCUGAGGUAGAGUCAUUGACAGCAGAGCUGCAGGUUUAUAACGAGCUGAAGAGGAGAGUAGAAGAGUCAACUUUUAAGAAAGACCUGCAAAGAAACAUACAGGCACAUGGAAGCCCAGGUGCAUUCUGGGAGUCAGAGCAGGAGUCACUUCUGUUUGUCAUCGAGAUGAAGAGCGAGCGAGUGCAGGAGCAGACCAAGAAGCUGCAGCAGAUGGACAUGCUGGUGGAGAAGAAUUUGUCUCUGGAGGAUCAGAUUAUUCACAUUCUACAGCAGAACGAGGAUCUGAGAGUUCGCAUCGAUAACUGCCAGACACUGAUACAGCAAUUUUCCAAGGAGCAGAAGGACCUUAAGGUGGCACUGGAGAGACAGGCAUCAGUCAACCAGAAGCUCUCUCAGGAAAAAGAGCAGCUGAUGUUCAAACUGAGGCACAAAGACUCGUGUCCGACCCUUCACUUGCCUGCUAUGAUGCAGGAGAUUGCCCCACGGUGACUCUGGGCAGUGCCAUUGGAUCCUAUGUGAUCCACCCUGACCCUGUUCACUCACACUGGGUCAAAGCCACAAGUUAAAGUGACGACUAUUAAGGGGCAUCAUCACAUUGCAGGUUUAAAAACUCUGGACCUAUAUUCUCUUAUUAAUGCUGUGGGUUUUUACCACUGAACACAGUUCUGGACUCAUUGAGGCCUUCACACUGGACAGAGUCUGACUAGCUUAAAGGGACAGAUCACGUUUAAGUUAGUGUUAAACUUAUACCAGCCCUUCUCAAAUUCACGAUCAGAUCAAAAAUCUACUAUGCCAUAAAAAUUGAUAGUUUAAGGGAUGUCACGGUAAUUGGUGUUUUAGUUGAGCUUGCAUGACUGGGUACAAUUGUGUGUUUUGGCACUGCAGUGUUUGCAAUUUUUCUCUCAGUAUUUUAUCUUUUAUCAGUGACACAAACCCACCACCCAAGGUGGCAAUACACUAACAACUUUUGUGUUCUUGUGGGCUAAAAUGAUUUUUAAGUACAUUGGAGUCUAUUGAUGUGCUUAAAAAGGGAGAGUUACAUUUUGGAGGAAAACAACUAUGUAGUGAAGUAAGUACAAAGUUAUAUGAAUAUAUUGUAGACUUGAAAUAACCUAAAUUGCCUGGCAGACACCUUUUCAAUGGAUAGAACUUAUGUGGGCUUACAUUGUUUCUACCAGCAGGGGGCAUGCAGAGCAGAUUCAUCUAGUCUUCAUAUAACCACAUUUAAAAAGAUUCUUGAACAUUUCCUUUAAACAUACGUGUUAUAAGCGAACUGUAAUAUAAUAUAUCAGUGAAAGUUGACUGACUGAGACUGAUAGCAGUUUGCUGUGUAAGUUAACAAUGUUCUUAAGUUGGAAGAUUUUUUUAGAAAUUUUAUUAAGAAAAAUUAAUUUUAUUAAGAAAAACUUAAUAAAACUGCAACAGAACACAACAAUCACUGUGCAGACGAUGCCUUUCAAAAGCUCCACAACUUGAUGUCUGUUACUUGUUAAAAUUUUGUGUAGGUUUUUCUACCUUUACUGAAACAUUUUAUGAAUUAAGAUGUUUAUAUUUGCCAAAAAAAAAAAAUCAGUCAGUGUUUUGACUUUUUCUCCUUUUGCACAAGCACUUUGACUCAUCCUUACCACCAGUUUGUAUAAGAGAGAGCUUUUUUUUCUCAUGUUGUAUGAGUGAACUUGUAAAAAACUUGUGAAAAACUGUAUUUUACCUUUUUGCGGUUGGAUUGAAUCCAGCUAUUUGUUUUUGCCUGACGUGCCUACAGUAAGUACGUGAAUUUUUUUCUUAAUUACUCAUUAAAAAUAUAUAACUACAUCCAA